AUGGACCAUAUAUGCUCCAUCUUGAACCAGCAUCACGUGGUGGUGAUGUCGCGUCGCGUUUCUGCAGCAACCCACUUUAAAGUGUUUACCUACAGCCUAUCGCGGGGUGCACCAACGGCUCGCAACUCACAGUAUUUACACACAAGCGACAGAAAUAGACGCACGACGAUGUCGUUUAAACCAAGAAUGAGCAUCGCGCCGAAUGCGCAACAGCAAACCCGAACACGAAAGCAAGAUAAUGAAGCCGACAUGUACAUGCGUUUGCCCGACACGGAGAUUGCGGGCUGCAUUACGGAAAUCGGAAUCAACUUUACGGUUGCAGAUAUGCAAAAGCCCAACCCAGUACAGGUGCAGCAGAUUUUCGAACUGUUUGCCGAACUUCUUCUCAAUGCGACGCGUGAGACUGUCGAACCGGCUAUGCGAGCUGCGGCGGAGGAAGUGUGCGGCGAAUAUGCAGACGUGAUUCCCAUCGACACGCGCAACCUGAUGGGCUUUUACGCCUCGCUACGCAAGCUCUUAAUUGAAUGCGGAAUCACAGACUUUAGCUUCACCGAUCUAUACAAACCGACCUAUGAACGUCUUGUGAAAAUCUUCAGUUACCUGAUCAAUUUUGUUCGCUUCAGAGAGGCACAGACCAACGUCGUCGACAAAUACUUUAACCAUUCGGAAGCAACCAAGCUCAAGAUCGAGACCAUGUAUGGCGAAAACAAGGAAAACGAAGAGCGUCUAGAGCGAAUGAAGCAGAAUCGACAGGCCAUGGAAGCAGAAGUGCAGGAGAAGACGAUGCGGAACGAAGAGUUGAAGAAGCGCCUGCUCACGCUACAAAGAGAACAGGAGAAGAUCUCGAUUCGACUAGAAGAUGCCAAGCUGAAGAAGAGCGAGCUAGCGGAGGUUCUGGAACAGAAAACGCAGGAAAAGAUGACGCUCAAGGGCGAGAGUAACAAACUGCGCCCCUACGUAUUGCAGAGCCCUGCGUCGCUCCAAGACAGCCUUGCGGAGCUCCAAAACAUUCUCAACAACGAUACAUCGCAUAUCCGCACACUCGAAACGAGAACAAGAGCGCUACAGACCUCAUCCGAAACAUUUGGCACUGUUGGAACCGACGUUGCGGCUUGCAUUAAGAUUCUGGAGGACAUUGCAUCUGAGUUGGCAAGGGAGGAAGAGGAAAUGAUUCGAAGCACAAGACAAAAAGAAGCCCUCUCAGAGCGAGGCAAUAACGCCAGAGAAGUGGAACGUGCUGAGACGCUGCUCGAGCGCCAGUUGGAGAAAUGGACGCAACGAACGCAAAAGCUGCGCGAGCAGGCUGCUACCAAGGCUCAGGAGGCCAAGGAAAAGAUGCACCAGCUGCGUGAGAUUCAUAAGAAGCUUACCGAAGAGCAAAAGGAAAAGAGUGAAGAGAUGGAGAUUAAGCGGGUGCGCAUUGAACAGACACAGAAGAAGAUGCUUGAUCUGAAGGAGAACAUUGAGCGAGAAGUUCACAGCGCAUAUGACGAGUACUUGAAGAUGGAGUCGCACGUCAAGCUCUACAUGACGGAAAUGGAACAAGCGAUUGCGCAAUGA